AUGGAUAUAGAUUUCGUUAAUACAUCAUUAUUAUUCGGAUCAAAUAGCCAACGUGAUAUUAUACAACAAGGAUGGCCAAAACUAAGUCAGAUUAAUUUUUAUGCUAUUAUUUGUGUCAAUGUUGGUGUAGUUAUUGGUACAUGGAUUUUAUUUCGUUUAAUAUGGAAACCAUUAACUAAAGAACAAAAAGAAAAAAUUAAAUCAAGUCAGGAUCAGAAUAAGACGUUAUUACCCCCAAAGCGACAAAAGCCAUUACAGAGGUAUGCAAAAGCUCCGUUGUUACAAAGAACCAAAGAAAGACAACAAUAG